AUGGCGCCCCCAAACAAACUCCCGACUCGCAAGCUGGCAAACAAUGGCCCUGAAAUCAGCGCUGUCGGCUUCGGCAUGAUGGGCUUGAGCAUCGCAUACGGUGCAGCGGGUUCCGACGAAGAGCGCUUCCGCGUCCUUGAUCGCGCCUGGGAGCUCGGUUGUACGAAUUGGGACACUUCAGACUUCUACGGCGAUUGCGAGGACUUGAUCGGCAAGUGGUUUAGAUUGCACCCGGAGCGCCGGCAUGAUAUCUUCCUAGCCAGCAAGUUCGCCAUCAGCGCUACCGCCAAGGAAGACGGCUCGCACGACUUUUUUAUCGAUUCCUCUCCCGAAUCCUGCCGGGCUGCCUGCGAGCUCGCUCUCAAGCGAAUGAAUGUGGACAGCAUCGAUCUGUACUAUAUCCAUCGCCUCGACAAGGUCACCCCCAUUGAGAAGACGAUGGAGGAGUUGAGCAAGCUGAAGAAGUGA